AUGUUCUUCUUUCUAUUCGGGAGCGUAUCCCCACGACUCACACUUAUACAAUCCGCCCUUCCUGUUCGAUGUCCGAAUUGCCUACUUCCCGAAGCAACGGUAUACCAAUACAAAUCAUCAAACGUACUGAAAGUCUUUUUCGUGCCAAUCCUCACUUUUGGCUCCAAACCGAUAUGGCAAUGCAAAAACUGUGUAUGGACAUCGGAUAAACCACCGGACGACGAGACGAUCAGACGGAGCGAAAUCGACGAAUUGACUCAUCAGCGUUCUCCAUUGCCCACUUGGGGACUGAGCAGAUGCCGAAAGUGCGGCAAGGAGAGCAACUUUUCGGGAAGGAGAAAGUUCUGUCCGUAUUGCGGAGAUGAGCCGAAAGGUCGUUGA